GAAACGCCGAUGGUCACUCUAUUCUUCUUCUCCUCCUCCUUGCUCUUUGUCUCCUCUUCUAGGGAUUAGAUCGCAAAGCUCAUUUCAUUCUCCCAUCGAAUUCGAAAUUCAAAUUCUUCUCCCGAAUCAGUCGCCAAGCCUCCUCUCCAUCUCUUGCCAGUUGCCAAUUCCCAACCCUCCCAAUUUUCUCAUUCGCCAGCCAUAGAUUAGAAGUCAGAAAGUCAUCGGAUUGUGCAAAGAUAGUCUCGAGCUCCAAGUCUCAGCACUUGUCCUAGCAUUCAAACUUCAAAGACUGAAAUCGCUAAGCAGAGUCUAGGGUUAGAAAAACGCGAUGCCUUCUCCUUCGUCUUCGUUGCUCCUUCACCACAACUACCACCAACACGCGGCAGCGGCCAUAAUAACGCAUCCAUGGAAGAAUUACCUGUUCCUUCCAAUUUGUUCCUUCCAAUUUGGUCUCUUCCGUGGCCAGAUCGCUCCUUCCGAUGCGGUGCCGCCUUCAAGCUCUACUUCACUUGUUCAUUGGAGGAUCUGCCGUAGUAGAAUUGAAGAGAGAGUUGGGUGACUGCUGAUCUCUUCUCAAUGGCUUGACUAAGAAAGGUGAUUGACUCCUCUUUUGGUUUGUUUCUCUCUUUUAGUCUUCUUGAUAAUAAGCUUUUCUCUUUUAGUCUUCCUUUGUGGUUAGUGUUGAGAGUUCCCGUGAAAAUUUGAUUGAUUCUUGUCAACUUGGUAUGUACAUUUAAGGUAGUUUUUACCUGAAGAUCUUGUAUAUUUUUGAAUUCACUCGGCUAACCAAUUAUUAUGCUCAAAGUAGAUAGGUCUUCUCAUUCUGGUGGUGCAUGGUAACUUAUAAUAGGAUCUGACCAAUGAAUAUUUACAUGGAAAGCUCCUAGAAGCAGCAUUUAGAGCACUGUGGCAUAGCUUAUGUUUCAGGACUAGACUGCACUUUCCUAAGUUAGUGCUGGUUUUAUCAACUUGGUCAUGCAGAAUUUGAGUUUCUUUGUUGUUCGUGCUCCUUAAUUUUUCUAUGAAUAGGUAAGAGCGAUCACCCAAGAGUAUAGUCAGAAAGUGAACUGCUGGAAAGUUGAAGGUCUCAUGGCUCUUCAAGAGGUUCCAUGACCACUUACAUUGCUCUCAUUGAUUUUCCAUGGAAGUUAAAGAAAUAACAUAGGGACGUUUGAAGCUUCUCUGUGACUGGUUCACAUUCACUUCUACUGAUACAGCUUAUGAUCUGAACUUUCCAGACAAUCACUUGAACCUUAGUCUAUUAUCUGAAUUGCUAUGUGUUGUAGGAAGCAGAGGAUUAAUUGGUCCACUUAUUUGAAGAUGGGAUGCUAUGUGCAGUUCAUGCCAAACGUGUUACAUUGAGUGAGUUUAUCUUGACCGCUGCUGCAGUUUAUCCCGAGUCUGACCUAUUUAUUAACCUGCUUCUCUUCUUGCUGAUACUUGUUAUGAUGCUUAAGUGAGGAAUACUUGGUCUGUUGAAAAAAGGGUCAGUCUCUUUAACUUAGUAAUAUUUGCAAUGCUGAAUUUAGCCAUUAGGAAGUUGUAGAUUAUAUAUUGUCAACCUAGUAGGCGCCUAGAGGUCAAUUAUGAUGGCGUCCUCUUGAUAAGUUAAGCUAGAGACAUUAGUUAGACUUCUGUUUAUGGUAUUCCUCAUUUUUUUUCCAUUGGCAGCGUGGUGUUUGUGUUGAGAUAAUGUACUCUGAACUUAUUAUGUAGAGAAGGAAGAUGAUUCCCAAUGCUAAUGUAUGAGUUAUGUAGUGGUUCACAGAGGAAACAAAGUUUUGAUAAUAUGGCUACUCUCAGCUAUUUGUACUGUUUGCAUCAGCCAUCAAUGUGUAGCAGGGACAUGUCAGUUUCAUACUUCAUUUACAUGUCUCUAAAGAUCAUCUGAAUGUGAGGGACUGCAGUUUACCUACAUUAUUGUCUCUGCUAUUAUUAACUUUGAUUACAAAAAAUUUCUAAUUAAUAAAACCUAAACUUAUAGGUUAUGUUCAGAACCGAUGGCUAUGCAUUUCCUGGAACUUACAGUUUAGGUUUGUUCUUUACUUAUUUUCUCCUCCCGUGCAUUUAUCUCCUGAAGAUGGUAAGAAGCAGAAUGGUCAGUGUGUGUUUCCUUAAUGAAAGGCUUGUUAUUAUUCUUGUUGAGGUUUUUGUUUUCUGGAAGGUAGUGUGAGAUGUUUUUGCACUUUCUUGAAUCUCCAGGUGUGAAAGAACAGAAAGAGGAUGAGGAGGAAAGUGAUGAUGAAUUGGCCAAAUCUGAAGCAAAUGAGGAGGAUGAGACUGAUCUUGAUUUGUCCUGAAGUUGCUGGAUCAGGCGAGGCAAUUGCUGAUAAGAGUUAUAGCGGAAGUUGCCUAUGAGAGAGGUUAGUUGGGCCUUCUUUUCUCUCGAUCAUGGAACAACAUAGGCCUCCAUGUUCGGAUAUCAAAAUUGAAAAAAACAUUGCUCAAGUAUACACAUGGUACUUAACCUUUUGUGAUAAUGUUGUAAUUUACCUACCAAAACAAAGUGCAACCUAGAAUAAAACCACACCUCACGG